AUGGCUCCCACCACUGUCAAGAUCAUCGAAAAUGUCAUCAUACUCAAGGUCAAAAACCUCCUUCAAGGUUGGCCAGCAUAUGUUAUUAACUUCACACCAGAAAAUCCUGGCCCACAUAAAUUAAUCCUGCAUCUCAAGAACCCAAAAAAAUAUGUGAAGGUUGACUCUGACAAUGAAGAUGAAGCCAUGAUUGUGGAGUACUGCACAUUAACCAGCAACAGUGAUGUGAAAAUUAUGGUCACUGCUAUUCAGCUUGAGGAGGCUUUAUGGUCUGGAAGUCCAGAAGAUACUUCUGACUAG